CGCAGAAUCCAAUCACUCCGCGGAGACGUGUCUCGCAGUCGGAGCAUCCUUCCGUCAUGGCGCCUGUUUGGGCUAAAUCGGUGAUUAACCUGCAGGUUUUGUCUGUUUUCUUCGUCCUGCUGCUAUGUCCACCUCUUGGCGGAGGCCAGAAGAAGAAAGAGAACCUGCUGUCAGAGAAGGUUGACCAGAUGAUGGAGUGGUCCUCUCGUCGCUCGGUCAUCCGGAUGAACGGGGACAAGUUUCGGCGUUUCGUCAAGGCCCCACCCAGGAACUACUCUGUCAUCGUCAUGUUCACUGCCCUGCAGCCUCAAAGGCAGUGCUCUGUCUGUCGGCAAGCAAAUGAGGAGUACCAGGUUCUGGCAAACUCAUGGCGUUACUCAUCAGCAUUCUCCAACAAGCUCUUCUUCACCGUAGUGGACUACGACGAGGGAGCUGAUGUUUUCCAGCAGCUGAACAUGAACAGCGCUCCAACCUUCAUGCAUUUCCCGGCUAAGGGAAAGCCAAAGAGGGCGGACACAUUUGACCUCCAAAGGAUUGGCUUUGCCUCAGAGCAGCUGGCCAAGUGGAUUGCAGACCGCACAGAUGUUCAGAUCCGUGUCUUCCGUCCUCCUAAUUAUUCAGGCACCAUUGCUUUGGCUCUUUUAGUGUCUCUGGUUGGAGGUCUGCUUUAUCUGAGAAGGAACAACUUGGAAUUCAUUUACAACAAGACUGGCUGGGCCAUGGCUGCACUGUGUGUGGUUUUUGCAAUGACAUCCGGUCAGAUGUGGAAUCACAUCCGAGGUCCUCCCUACGCCCACAAGAACCCGCAGAACGGCCAAGUGAGUUACAUUCACGGCAGCAGCCAGGCUCAGUUCGUGGCAGAGUCCCACAUCAUCCUUCUUCUGAAUGCUGCAAUCACCAUGGGGAUGGUGCUGCUCAACGAAGCUGCCACCUCCAAGGGAGAUGUGGGCAAGAGGAGAAUCAUCUGCCUGGUUGGUCUCGGCCUUGUGGUGUUUUUCUUCAGUUUCCUGCUCUCCAUCUUCAGGUCCAAGUACCAUGGAUACCCCUACAGCUUCCUUAUUAAGUGAAGAAAGACAGGAGUGGAGGACGAUGGUGAUGGUUGGUGAAGAGGGGAGAAGAUAUUGGAAGAGGCGGAGGCAUGAGUCUGAAGGGCAUGGUGGGGUUUCUCUUUGUGUUUUCUUUUUUUUUUACAUACUACUAGCAUCAAAUCUUCAGAUUGGAUAAAAACUAAAUUGAUUCUUCACGCUGGAAAAUAAAGGUGUUUCUCUGUA